AGGCAAGAGCAUGGAACCGCCAACACACAUGGCUGGCUGUGGUGUGUUGUGUCAGAGCCAAGAGCACAUGGUUGAGAUGAGAUGGAAUCAAGCAGCAAAGAGAGGAGAUAACAUCAGGCUGAAGUGAAGGAACUGAGGAGAGGGUAAACCUUGGCGUGCAAGAGGAACUGCCUGCACAGCACGGGUGAGCGGUGCAGAGCAACCGCCCCAGUGCCGCAGGAAAAGACGUGGCCCCAGCCCCCCCGCCCCGUGCGCUGGGAGGCUUUCUGGAGAGCUGGCCGAGGAAGGAGACAUGAGCACCCUGCUGCUGAGCGGCUUUCUGCCCCUGCUGCUCCUCGCCUGGCUGCCUGCAGGAUUCCCUCACCAGCCUACAGUCUCCUCAUUGACAAUCAAUGUGUCAGAGCUCAGCUUCCAGUCUCUGUUCCAGAUGGUGUCAAACAGCACUGACAAGAUGGUGAAACAGUUUAUAGACCAAAUCAAAAACGUGACGGAGAAGAAGGUAGAGAAAGUUGUGAUUCACUUUUUAUAUGAGAAAAAUAGUUCUGCCUUUGGAAGUGUGAAUGAAACAAAAACAGCAACAUGCAUAUGUGACAUGAGGAACGCAUCCAGGGUGGAAGAUGGAACCAACAAGACCCAGCAGGAAUCUGACCCUGAGACGUACGCGACCAGCACCCCUGAGUCUCAGACCCAGGAAGGAAUCAUCCACACGUAUAUCAUCCCUGGAUUGGUGGUUUUGUCGCUUUUCUUCCUGAUUUGUGUUUUGGUAUGUUUGUGCAGAAGGAACCAAAGGAAUGCUAAAGGAAAAUCCGAAAGCAAGCAUGUGGCAGAGAUGAAUCAGCUCAGCACGCCUCAAAACGAGGAGGUGGUGUAUAUGAAGCUGAAGUUUGAAAAGACAGAGACAAAACCUGCUGCCUCAGAAGUUGUUUACGCUGAGAUAAAAUCACAACAGAAGUAGAGAGCUGAGAAUGCCUAUGCUGCUGAUGCAAAGGGAAGGUUCUCCUACAGGGAACAGGGCAAGUGAGUGAUAAAGGAGGGACAAACAGCUUGUCACAUGCUUGCCACAGUUGCGAUCCCUGAAAACCAGGGAUCUGGUUUUCACAAUCUGAAAGGCAGUGCAAUCUUGGCCAUCAAAACCUUCUGUUUACCCCUAAGCGGCUGUACAUAUACUUCACAUUCCGAGGUGGAAGCCAGCUCUCUAGCUGGGACAGGUCCCCCUUGUCUUCCCGCAGAAAGGCCUCAGCAGCUUAUCAUUGGUGACCACUUCUAGCAACUUGCGCCAUGCCUCAGUAUCAGCAGCAGGCGCUGUGUGGCCGCCCCAGCCUGGGAAGCACUCAGUGUCCCAGUAGUGCUGGAGCAAGUGGCCCUCUGGGAAGCUCUCCUGCCAGCACUGGGUGAUGUAUGCGCUGUGAAAGCCUGAAGCAAUUUUCUGGAUUUCCUUGCUAUGUCCAGAGCAGGCAUCUUCUGUGAUGAAUUUCACCCUUGUCUGAUUCACUCGCUUGAAAUACAAGAAGCAAGGACAGAAAGGAAUAGUUUGCUUUGCAGAGGUCCAACGUGGCUAUAGCUGAAAUGCUUUGCUUCAUACCAGGAAUUGACACAUGUCCUUAUGUAUAUAGAGCUUUACUCUAAUUUGAAAAAAUAAAAAUACAAGGUGAAAAGU